AUGGAUCCAUGAUAUUAUCUGGUGUGCUGAGAUUGGUUUGUAUUCACGAGAUAUCUAUCGUACCUUCAAGUUUUUCCCAUGGACACGAUUUCACUCAAAUUGGCUGAGGAAAAUACCAUAUCUAGUUUGCCAGAAGCCUUGGCCAUUGUCCCAGGGUCUGCUCGUUGGAACCUUGUCAAACUCGUCCCUCAAAAUGGCACCUCGUGAAACAGACGUUGGUUCACAGACUCCCAAGCGAUUGAAUCGUUUCACCCGGUUCACCAAGUCGCUCACUUUGGGUCGGAAGAUGAAGAAAAAGCGCGAGGGUAAAAUGGUGGAAACCCUGGAUGGGCAUUAUGACGGAAUCAAUUGCAUGGCCUUGAACGUGGACGAGAGCAUUUUAAUCACCGGAUCCGAGGAUAAGAGUGCUAGAGUCUGGAUGAUUGGCGACGAGGAUGAAGAGGAGGAAAUGUUCGAGGACAAAUGUUUGGGAGUUCUGGAAGGCCACAAUGGCUACAUCACAUGUGUGUCCGUCUUGGACCACUUUGUUUAUACGGGAUCGGCUGAUGCGACCAUAAAAAAAUGGGAUCUCAUCACCUGCGAGUGUCUCUACACGUACAAGGGACAUAAUUCCAAGAUACACAAGAUAUUGGUCACAGAUGAGCUAAUCUUUUCCACCUCACAUGAUCGCACAGCACGGGUUUGGUACAACAAGGCAGAGGAUCACCCCAAGCCUUGCAUCAGGACCUUCAAGGGCCACGGUCACGCCGUCUACCCACUUAUCUAUUUGCCGUAUAUGAGUGAGGCCAACGAGGAAGAAGACAAUGACAGAGCGGAAGAUGAAUUGAUUCAUCCAUCGGAUUUGCUCAUCACAGGCUCAGCUGACACCAGCAUCAAAAUCUGGAAUCUCUUCAGCGGCGAGUGCCUCAAGACGCUGAGGAACCAUACGGGGUCAAUAAUCGCUAUGUCCACCGAUCCGAAGGGAAAAGUUCUCUACACCUGUGGCUCGGACUCAUUUAUCAAAUACUGGGACAUCAAGACAGGGAAACAAAUCAAGAGUAUUGACGCUCAUCGAUCAGCCAUCGUGUGCAUGCAUAUCAAUCAUCGACUCAUGUACACCGGAUCCCAAGAUGGUGUAGGUAAAAGCUGGGUCACCGAGUUUGGCGACAACACCGUCAACUACACUGGCCACUCCAUGUCAGUGACUGUCAUGAAGUUCUUCAAAGGAUUGUUGAUAACCGGAUGUGGUGAUGGGGUGAUUCGUUGCUUCGACGCCAGAUCGGGGUAUUUGUUGCGCACCUUCUCUGGUCACCCUGGAGCCAUAAUUGCCAUCCAGACCGCAGGGGACAAGAUAUAUUCCGCCACCACCGAUGGAACCGUUCGGGUGUUUGAUGUGGAUUGGAAAUUCGUCAAGGCCUAUUUGGCCGUUCUGUCGGGAGAAGUGGAGAAUGUAUUAGGCGAGGAGCAGGAGCUCUUCUCCGAUGAAGAGCCUGAAGAAGAAGAGGAAGAGAAAAUGGCCGUUCCACUUGUGGACCCUAACGUGGAAGAGCCCGAAGAAGACGUCCCAGAAGAGAAUUUGCUCGAGGAAUUGGAGGAGAGCGAAAAUGAUGGAGCAAAUGAUGGGGAGGACAAAGAAGAGGGGGAUGAAGAGGGGAACAAGGAGGAAGGGCCUGAGGAAGGAGAGGAGGAACAACAAAAUGAAGAGGAGACGAAGGACGACGAAUUGGAUGUGCUCGAAAGCGAACUUCUAGCUCUAUGAAUGUUAAUACGAUGUAAUCUAUUUUUAUGAUUGACUUAUGAGGCAACAAGAUCAAAUUGGUUUCGGAACAAUAUAAUUCUGAUUUAUUCUCUAA